AUGCUUACUUCAUUCAAUACGAACAACCUUUCAUAUCUAUCUAUCAAUCUGUCUGUCUGUCCGUCUGUCUAUCUAAAUAUCCUUCAUAUUUAUCUAUAUUUUCAUAUCUACAUUAAUAGUACGCCUUUCAUAUCUAUCUAUCUAUCUAUCUAUCUGACUCACACACACACACUCUCUCUCUCUCUCUCUCUCUCUCUCUCUCUCUCUCUCUCUCUGUUAUAUAUGCUCUCCUUUCUUUCUUUUCUUUUUUUUUUUUUUUUUCUUUCUUUUCUUUUUUUUUCUUUAAACUCUCUUUUCUUUUCAUUCUUUCUUUCUUUUUUCCUUCUUUCUUUCUUUCAUUCUUUCUUUCUUUAUAACUCUCCCUUUCUUUCUUUCUUUUUUCUUUUUUCCUUCUUUCUUUCUUUCUUUUUUCCUUUUAUCCUUCUUUCUUUCUUUCUUUUUUCCUUCUUUCUUUCUUUUUAUUUACUCUCCCUUUCUCAUUCCUUCUGUCUCUCUCUCUCUCUCUCUCUCUCACUCAUUCAGGCCACUCCCUUCCCCACAUCACUUCCCUUCCCCAAUAUUCCCUACGCACCCACUCGCCAUCUCCCUGUACACAUGCCAAAGAUCAGAAUGGUUACCUAUUUGCACGGGUUGACUCAUUCACCUUCCAGCAGCCACAGUUACUCCUUCCCCGCGUCAUCGUCUUCGCCAUUUACUCCCUUCCUUCCCAACUGCAUUUCUGCUUCACACAUUUUCACACCAUCCACCCACCGUUCUCUUCCGCCAUCACACCUGCAUUCAUCUAUAUAG